GUUGAUAUCUGGAAGCUAUCUUUGGAUGUUUUUCGUCGCCAAGAUGACUCAUCGCGCCACAGAGACCCUAAUUCGACACCGGUCCCUCAGCGAGUCUGCGAUGGCCUGGCGAAUGAGUCUGUUGGUGGCUACAGACGCCGCGUGCUGGGUGCCCAUCAUAGGAUUAGGAUUAUGGUCUUUGGCUGGAUUCACCGUGCACCCACAAGUGUUCGCUUGGGUGGCUGUUUUUGUGUUGCCUUUGAACGCGGCGGUAAACCCGGUGCUAUACACACUGUCCGCGGUUCCGAUAAUCCGUCGUAGUGUUGUGUCAAACAGGAGGGCGGUGUCGCUCAGACGGUCUAUGACUAACGAUCCAAAUCGUACAAUGUCCACGACCAUGGUGCCAUCUACUGUGCAAUAUAACGGUGAUAAAGUGACUUUUUCGUUAAUAACAAAAAUCCCACCCAGAGGUCCGGAAAUCGUCGAGACAGAAAUGACCGCAAAUGGCCGAUCGAUCACAUUUGGAAAAAUGAUAUGAAUAAUAAUAAUAAUAAUAAUAAUACUGCAAUUAUUUAUUACGUGGUAUCUGAUCAGUGGUAUAUUUAAAUUGGAUUUAGGUGACUCGACGUCUGUGUUCGUAUUAUAUACUAAUAUAUAUAUAUAUAUAUAUAUAUAUAUCAGUUUAAGCAAGUUACC